UGGUGCACUUUUUCUUCCGUCACUUCCGCUUCUGCUCAGCAAUGGCGUCCUCCGUGAGUGAAGACGGCAUGAGCGGCGAUCAAAAGGGGAAAAAGGCGAAAAAACAAGUAGAUGAAUCUGAACUCCUGACCGUUCCUGAUGGAUGGAAGGAGCCAUCAUUCACUAAAGAGGACAACCCCCGAGGCCUGCUGGAGGAGAGCAGCUUCGCCACACUCUUCCCCAAAUACAGAGAAGCCUACCUGAAGGAGUGCUGGCCGCUGGUGGUGAAAGCUUUAGGAGAGAUGCACAUCAAAGCCUCUUUGGACCUGAUCGAGGGCAGCAUGACGGUCUGCACCACAAAAAAAACAUUUGACCCUUACGCUAUUGUGAGAGCAAGAGACCUCGUUAAGCUUCUGGCGAGAAGCGUUCCUUUUGAGCAGGCAGUUCGCAUUUUACAGGAUGACAUGGCCUGUGACAUCAUCAAAGUUGGUACCCUUGUGAGGAAUAGAGAGCGGUUUGUGAAGAGGAGGCAGCGGCUGAUAGGCCCAAAGGGCUCCACCCUAAAAGCACUGGAGUUGUUGACCAAUUGCUAUGUGAUGGUGCAGGGCAACACAGUGUCGGCUCUGGGGCCCUUCAACGGUCUUAAAGAGGUACGCAAAGUGGUGAUGGACACCAUGAAGAACAUCCAUCCCAUUUAUAACAUCAAGACUCUGAUGAUCAAACGGGAACUCUCCAAAGACCCUGAACUGCGGGCGCAGAGUUGGGAACGCUUCCUGCCUAAGUUUCGCCACAAGAACCUGUCUAAACGUAAAGAACCCAAGAAGAAAAGCGUGAAGAAGGAGUACACGCCGUUCCCUCCUCCACAGCCAGAGAGCAAGGUUGAUAAGGAACUGUCCACGGGAGAAUUCUUCCUGCGUGAAAGCGUGAAAAGGAGGAAGAAGAUGGAGGAAAUCAAAGUGAAACAAGGAGUCGCUCUGACCAAGAAGCAGGAAGAACGAAACAAAGCGUUCAUUCCUCCUAAAGAGAAGCCUUUAAUGAAGAAGGCGGCUAAAGCGCCUACAGAAGGAAAGCUGGACAUCAAGGCCAUUAAGGACAAAGUGAAAAAAGCCAAAACGAAGAAACUCGGAGCUCCACCUGUGAACCCAUCUCCACCUGCCAGCAGCUCCACAGACAAAAAGAAAAACCAGAAAACAAAAAGCAAAAGCUAACCAUAUAAGAUUUGGUGUUGGUUGGACAGAAGAUGGACACAGUUAGCACAUGAGGACAGAAUCAUGGACAUUGUGUUAGGAUAAAACGGAAUGUUCCCCACAAAACUCGCUUUAAUCCUUUUUGGGUACAAAGAAGGUUAAAGGUAAUGUACAGGGAUGCCCAGGUGUUGUUUUUGGACAGUAGUUGUGCUGCAGAUUGUUCUAUUUUUAUGAAAUUGCAUGUUAACACAAAUACUUCUUUAAAAAUAUAAAAUAUACCUUUUUUUGCAUUGUCUUCAACAUAAUCACCAACUCUAAAAUUAUUCUUCCUGAACGGUCAUACAUUCAGUUCUGUCUAAAUGUAGGGAUGUCUAGAGGUAGCACUGGUUGCAUUUGCCAGUUUUCCUUGUAAUAAUUCUGCAAGUGUUUACACCAUGACUCCUUUUGUGUUCAGAAAUGAUGCAUUUUAAAUCUGAAACAAAAUUCCUGUGCAUUCUGUUGGCACACAUGGUGUGUGCUGGGACCAUAGAGUGUAUAUAUAAGGUGGAUGGAGCCUCCGUGAUGCCACCCGUAGGUUUCUGAAGAGCUGAAGUGAAGCCCAGUGGGCGGUUCCCACCACAGCUGUCUUGUCACGCCCACAAAAUAAAAAACAAUGGGUGAAGAGGUGGAGCUGUGAGGUUGGGGUCACAUUACCAUUCAUCAAACUGAUUCGAUGUAGCUGUGAGCUAACCCGGGGCAGGUUGGCAGGCGCCUAUAGCCAGAAAACCACAGUUGAGCGACUCUGCUACCCUCUCUCUACCUUUUAGGCUGUUACACUUAACCUGAGGCUGAGACCUUCACUAGAGUAAACAGGCCAAGCUGCUAGUGCUGUUAACUCAUCUGGCCCCCGUCAAUCAAAAGGACACGCCCCCAUGUAUUCAUAAAUUUGUGGUUUAAUUGCAUCUAAACAGAAGAGUUACAAAAGUAAUUCGCCCUCUUCAGAUUUGUCAUGGUAAACUUGACCUAUUAAACCGAACAUGUUUUUCUGCACUAAA